AUGUUGCGCACUCUGCACUUAAUCCCUGGACAAUCCGAGACAACCACAGUAUCUUUGGCGACACUCUCUACGAAUGCCCUACAGUUAUUUGCAGAUCUGGCCAUCAUUGCGCCCGGGGACAGCGACGCUGAGGGUAUCCCGGAAGGUCUCAGCAUCGAGCAACAACAAGAGCGACUACAAUUGUGGGCGUCCAACCUUGGAGCUACGCAUCUUGGUCACAGUUCCCUAGAUUACCGUCUUCGACAGGCUGACCUUGUACGUGACGCCAUUGCGGCCUUCUUAAAUGACUUGUGUGGGUCACUGCUCGAGUGUAGGGAAUUCUUGCUCUAUGGCGACCUGAGUGGCAUGGACGGCGUUGACGCGUCUGCUGAGACGGGACAAAUUCACAACUACCCGUACGAGGAUGUUGCAGCUGCUCAAGCGAUCAUGCUGGAGGCCGAUUAUGGUUCGGAAAACCGCAGCCUCGGCGAGCAAGAUUUCAGCUUGAUUCUUGAGAGCAUCGCUGAGACAAUCAAUUGUCUAUACAAGGUCGCCACACGCAUCAGAAACCCUGCGACUAGAACUCUGACGAAGAAGGUUCUCGACUUUGCAAUACUGGAUCGCGAGACUGGCGUUGAUCUGACAGAAGACUAUGCCUUGCUUGACCGGGAGCACUUGCGUGAGGUCUUCCGAGACUAUCGAUCUGCCCAUGGCCAGAGGCCCCCUAAGGAGCAGGGCAUUUCGCCUCAGGAUCUGGACUUGGCUCGAGGAGAACCGCUGGAAUUCCUUGCCCAGCGUCUUGCACAAGCGAACACUAUCCGACGAAAACAGUUCGCAUACUGGAGCCGACACCGAAUGAAGCUCGACAAGGCGCUUGAAGCGACCGCACGAGUAGUGCGGGUUCAACAGCCGCAACAACAGCAACAAGCUUCACGAAGUAUUUCCACAAUCGCACGCUCGGCUUACGUAGCUGAUUCCGUGGUGCCUUCUCUGCCGACCACCGCCACAACUUUGGACCCUGCCCAAAUUGAUCUCGAAGACGCCAAAUCUGUUGCCACUGUCUCGGAUUAUGCAGAAUCGAUUCGCAGCAUUUCUACCACUCGGAGAGAGGCCGCAGAAAUACCAGAGCCACCUUCAAAGCUCAAGGGUCAGCGCUAUUUCGAGUGCCCAUAUUGCUUAACAUUGUGCUCCGGAGCCUAUCUAGGAAGGAAGACAUGGAGGACCCACUUGUUGCGAGAUCUACGUCCGUACGUCUGUACGUAUCGAGACUGCUCGGAAGCGACGUGUCUCUUCGACACAAGACAGGAAUGGGUUGCCCAUGAGGAUUCGUGUCACCGGCGAAUCUGGCGCUGUCUUGAACACCGUGAAGCCACCUUCCCGACGGUUGCUGCAUAUAAGCACCACAUAAGAGAUAUGCAUGAGUCGAACGGCACAGAACUGGAGUCCACAGAACUUCUGCGAAUUGGAGAGUCUGCGCCCGAGGUUGCCGAUCGGCCAUGUCCAAUCUGCUUGGCUGAUAUCCCCGAAGCCAAGGAUCUACAACAGCAUAUAGCAGCCCAUCUGAUACGAAUUGCUCUCUUUUCUCUGCCACGCUCGACGGACGCAGACGUUGAUACGGACUCGGGAACCAGCUGGUCCGAGAGAGCAAACGGACAUCAUUCAGACUCUUCCCAAAUCACAAGCGGCGAAAGCUUGAACUCUUCAGCCCAAGCUAAGGAGGAGGGCAUGAGAUCACCUGAAAACAAGAACAGUGGACAGUCUACUGGCUUGUCUCAAAAUGCAUUGCGGGAUCUGGAGGCGUUAACGUCGGAUCAAGGGUCAAAUGCGAAGGUGGAGCAAUUUCUAUCAGAUCUGAAUGAGCCCGAACCGGAGGAUCAACCAUCGGAAAACUCUCGACUAUUGAACAUACCUCAUUCAACUCUCACCUUGCCCGAAGAUCAAGAAUCUUGGCAAUCUCUGGCUGUAGAUCUACGUCUAGUCGCAGACGAAGCUAGCCCGACGAGCCAUGAUAUAGCACGCCUGGCAAGGGAUUCAGCUGAAGAUAUUGACACCGGGCGCGAUGGGGAAGACUCGAUGCUUGCUACUGGGGAAGACUCGAUGUUUAUUACCGGGGAAGACUCGAUGCUUAUUACCGGGGAAGACUCGAUGCUUGCUACCGGGGAAGACUCGAUGCUUGCUACCAUGGGAAAGUCGAGCGAUGGAUUGGAUUUACUGCACGCUAAAGCAUAUGUCAGCUCCCCAAAACGGCUUUCCAACAUCGAACCUCCUCCGGGGGCUCAACAACAGGGCAUCCAAGACGCACACAUACCACGCCAAGAUUCAAACCAACCUCGCCUUCCCGCUCUUGGGACGCCAGGAGAGACAGACGAGGAUUUUCAUUGCCAGGAAUGUGGAGAAGCCCUAAACGAAGGAAAAGCAUUCGAACUUGGUAAGGAUUUGUCGUUGCAAGAGACCCACGAAUCUGGCACUGACGAAUAUACAGCGGGUAGGAGGUGGCACCUUGACUGCUUCAAAUGUAGCAACUGCCGCAGUCUUCUCGACUCCGAUCACAAUCUGCUGCUGGUGAGUGAUGGAGGUCUUCUCUGCGAUAAUUGCACGUACCACUGUACAGUGUGUGGGAAUAAAAUCGAGGACCUUGCCAUUAUCGCCGCAGACGGCAAGCAGUACUGUGCGGCAUGCUUCAGGUGUCGUAACUGCAAACGCAAGAUUGAAAACCUCAAGUACGCCAAUACGUCGCAGGGCAUCUUCUGCAUGGAUUGUCAUGAAGGAUUGAUGGCUCGACGACGCGAGAAAGCGAGGGAUGGACGGCGACAACGGGAACAAAAACAGGACAACGACAUCAAUCAGUCACCCGCGGCCCUUGACCAGCAGAAUACCGCAGCAGAUGAUAGAAAGGACACCUCAGACUCGGUCCGACCUCGUCCGUCCUCUACAUCGAGGACAGCUAGCGACCAGCAACUUCCUCCGCCAUCGUCCAUUGCUGGCCCUUCGACCGUGCCCGACGAGCAAGAGCCCAUCGAAUCUCGCGGUCCCAAAGUUGUGCAACCAAGUGGUCAACCGUCAUUGCAACAAGGGCACCGGGGGCGGACAGUCCUUAGCAUUGGUAGGAAUGAAAGUAAGCUUAUUGAAGGGUAUGAUCAGGAACAGGGGCCGACGCGUCAAAGCGGAAGGUCCGGAGCCGUCAAAAAGGUCCAAGAUUUCUUCCGUCGACGUCGACCUCCCACCGACGGCGACCAUCGAUGA